UAAUCAAUUAAAAAUAGAUCUAAAAGAAAAUAAUUUCAAUACAUGAAAAAUGCUCCUUGCACCUUCUGAAAAACAACUUCCAAAUAAUUUUUCUAGAAGUUGUUUUUCUUCCAACAAAAACAUGCAGACUUUUGCUCUGGUUGGGAACUCGAUCUUCAGUAAAAACAAGGAUUGCUCAGACAUACAAACAGAGCCUCCUUUAGAUUCUAUUGGCGACAACUCUCAGACCACUCCCUUCCCAUUUCUACUUCUUCGGCUAUAUCACAAUGCUGAACCAACAAUUGGCACUCUAGCUCAAAAUUCAUAAGGAUGAGGCUGUGGUGACUGCACCAUGCAAUACAUGUGGCUUGAAUUGGCCUGCCGCAUUUGGGCAUCAUACAUAGGCAAAAGAGUGGAGACUUGUAUGCUUUGGAUCGUAUGGUUUCACCAUGAAUUGUUAUUAGCUUUAAUAGCCUGAGUUAAAAGUUUGUAUAGAUGCCAUGUUCUGUUGUAUCUUAGGUGUCCGGAUCAUGUAUGCUUUUGGUAUAUAAGCUCCACUCAAUUAGCCUGUAUAAGCUUGAGUAUCUUUUGUACUAAAAGUAACAAAAUUUUGUUUUAUUG